AUGGUUCGCCUUUCGAUUCUCGCACUCGCUACUUCUCUGGCAAUGGCCUUUGCCUUGCCCCAGGAUUUCUGCACGACUGUCUGUCGUCCCCAGAAGCCUGACUGCCCUGAAGGCGAGGUUGCCAGUGGCAAUGAGAACUGCUGGGGAUGCUGCAAGCCCAUCGUAGCCAGAUCCGACGUCUGCACCCUCGAAUGUCGUCCCCAGAAGCCUGAAUGUCCUGAAGGCGAGGCACCCACCGGUAACGAGAACUGCUGGGGCUGCUGCCAGCCAAUCCAGAACGCCCGCGUCCCCGCCAACGAGACAGAUGUCUGCAUCGACGUCUGCCGCCCCGAAAAGCCUGAAUGUCCCACCGGCGAGGCCCCCACGGGCAACGAAGGUUGCUGGGGCUGCUGCGAGCCUAUUCCUCAGACUACACGUCCCUGCACUCUGGAAUGCAAGCUCGAGAAGCCCGAGUGUCCCGCUGGAGAGGCCCCUACCGGCGGCGAGGGCUGCUGGGGAUGCUGCCAACCCAUUGAGAACAAUGCACGGGCCAACGACACUACCGUCUGCACCGAUGUCUGCCGUCCAGAGAAGCCUGAAUGUCCCACCGGCGAAGCUCCCACUGGCCAGGAAGGCUGCUGGGGAUGCUGUGAGCCUGUUGUCGAGGAGAAGCGUCCCUGUACCCUGCAGUGCAGACUCGAGAAGCCUGAGUGUCCUGCGGGCGAGGCUCCCACUGGUGGCGAGGGCUGCUGGGGCUGCUGCCAACCUAUCGAGGAGGAGCAGAGCAGCAAUGAUGACGAAAGCAAGCCUUGCCUUGCUGUUUGCCAGCCUGAAAAGCCGGAAUGUCCUGCGGGAGAGGCACCCACUGGUGAGGAGGGAUGCUGGGGAUGCUGCCAGCCUACUGCGUGA